UCAUCGUGUACAUUGGUUUGAUCUUCCGCUGCUAUAUAAAGCGUAUCGUUUCACAUCCGUCGACUAAUGAGAGAGAUCCGCCGAGGAUCUCACGACGUGAGCCGUGAUGAAUUGCCCUUUUUAUACACACUCUGGCUUUAGACUUUUUUUUUUUUUUGUUGGGUUCCUAAACUGGGACCAGAUGCGGGUCAUCGCAGAGGGCAGCACAUGGAAGCUCUGUCCGUAGAAUUCCCCCCGAGCUACGUGACGUUGGUCGCAUUCCUGUUUACGCAACAUCAGGGUUUUUUUAGGGUUUUUUCCCUUUUUUUAUUUUUUUCUUUCACUUUGAGUGUUAGCAUGAUGUUUCAAGCAGAUGCCCCACCGAAGGCUCAAGGCGCUGCAGUCACGCUCCAACCCACACAUGAACGGACGCUAGCAUAUGCACCCGGGGGCAUUGGAGAAGGGACGCUUUCUCAAUUUGUCCAGAUAACUGAAUAGUUUUGAAGAAAUUAUUAAUUUAUUCAGCAGACGCUUUUAUCCAACUUUUACCGUGGCGAUAUGCGUCAUUAAGAGACCAAUGUAGAGGUUAGCAUACCUGCCUUAUUGAGGAGGACUAUGGGUAGACCGUUAACAUAGGGCCGGGAAACCUUUCAGCUGGGAGUCAAACACCCGUACCACCAGCCUGCCCUUAAGGAAAUGUAAUUAGGACAUCACUUAUCCAGAUCAAUAUGUAGGAUCUUAUUUCCAUCUAUACCAGUAUUUAAUUUUAUCGUGCAUAGCACACAUGAUCAUGAGCUCUAAAGAGGCUUUCACACCUGAGCUGUUUGUUUGAAUCAAACCCUGAUGUGUUUCUUCCAGUAGUAUGGCUAGUAUGGGGUGGUGUGAAUGCUCAAUCCAACUCUUGUGCCGACUAACUCGGUCCGCUUGGCCCGCUUCCGAGUGAACCCUGGUUUGGUUUGCCUGACCAAGUCCAUUGAGAACCCUAACUGAACCAAAUAAAGUAUCAAUUCAAUUCCACCCUUGCAUCGGGCCGAGUCUACCGGUUGACUUCAGAUUGCUCCUCCAUUAUGGACGAGGCGUCCAUAAUAAUAAGGACUCUGUGAUUCGAUGACCAGCAACUCGAUGAUCUGUGUUUAUCGCAUAUUGAAGGCCUUCAAAACCGAAACACAAUCGUUACACUUUACCGCCCGUUUCAUCUGAAGAAACCGGAAUGUAAUCUGAAGAGAUGGGCCUGCUUUGGUUGACAUGUGGGGCCUAGAUCGUGGUAUAAAGACGGCGUUGGAACAACAGAUUUCCUGCACUAGGUCACAAUUUGUUUCCAUGAUCAUUUUUGGUCGGAGUCACACGGUACAUAUGGAGGAUUAACAUAAGCUCACAUCUAACCUAGUGUGAUUAUCUAUUCAACUUUUUGAAAACAUUGGCUGACUUUCAGUCCGGAGUGUGCGUGCGCUGCCGGUAGGCAGUCUCGUUCGGUUCGACUCUCCCUCUCAUUAAAUGAAGCUUGAAUUUAAGAGUCGCACCCUUCAGAGGCCAUUCGAACAUUAAAGUCUGGAGUUAAAAUAAACUGCAAGGGGUGUUUAAAACGUCUCUAAAGCCCUGCAAAGUAUAAAGCUGCUGCUCACGAGGCUACCGGCAAUGCGGUCUGUACUCAUGCGCUCUCGUGCACACACGGGCAGGAGACCGGAAACUUUCCGGCCAAAUUCUUCUCCCUCGGCAGCGCCACAACAAACGAGGCUGGUGGGAUAAUGUGCCGCUAUACCUUUCUUUAUUAAGUGGGAACAUUUUUAUAGGAGGAAAUGCAACGUGCUGCUCAUACGAGAGAACACGCAUCUAGAUUUUAGAGGAGUCGUUUCCACAUGAAACUGUGAAGGUAGUGCCUCAUGGAAAUCCCUGUUUACUUAUGAAGUUUUACUCCCUCUCCCCUUAUGAGUUCCCUCAAGGACAUGGAGUGAACCGGUCCCAGUUCAUAGACUUACAGAGACGGAAACUCUUCAGAUGUACCGGAGAUGAAGCUGAGAGUUGUGUUUCGGAGGAGAUUGUGUGUGUGCUCAUUAACAGAGACGCGGCUGAAGGAGGGCAUCGUCCGGCUCCAGCCUCAGGAGGAACCUCUGCGCUCCGAGCUCCUCAGCGGGAAGUUCACCGUGCUGAGCGUACGGGACCCGUCGGGAGCCUCCAUCGCCCUGUACACGGCCAAGCUCCACCACCCCAACAAGACGGGGAACCACGUGGUGCUGCAGGCCCUCUUCUACCUGCUGGACCGAGCCGUGGAGAGCUUCGAGACCCAGAGAAACGGCCUGGUGUUCAUCUAUGACAUGGCCGGCUCCAACUAUACAAACUUUGAGCUGGACCUCAGCAAGAAGAUCCUCAAUUUACUGAAGGGGGCGUUCCCGGCUAGGCUAAAAAAGGUUCUGAUCGUUGGCGCCCCCGUGUGGUUCCGUGUGCCCUACAACCUGCUGAGCCUGCUGCUCAAGGAGAAGUUGAGAGAGAGGGUCCAGAUGGUCCGGAUGCCGGAGCUGCGGCAGCACCUCCCCAGGGACUGUCUGCCCCAGCACCUGGGCGGCUUGCUGCCCCUGGACGCCUACAGCUGGAACCAGCAGCUGCUGGCGGGGCAGAACGGCCGCGUGGACCCCGUGGACGAGCUGGUGGGCCUCCCCCUGGACGAGACCUCCGUCCACUGCGCGGCCCCGGGGCCUGACGCCAUGAGGCCCCCGGACCUGCUGGCCCACCUGGGCCGUCUGCAGCGGCUGGGCAUCCACCAGGAGUACGAGGAGAUCCGCAACGACCCCCCGGCCGGGACCUUCCACUGCGCACUAGCUGCCUGCAAUCAGGAGCGGAAUCGCUAUGGCGACGUGCUUUGCCUGGACCAGACCAGAGUGCGUUUACAAGCCCGAAGGAGUGAGAGAUCGGACUACAUCAACGCCAGCUUCAUGGAUGGCUACAAACAGAAGAAUGCAUACAUCGGUACUCAAGGUCCACUAGAAAAGACCUACGGUGAUUUCUGGAGGAUGAUCUGGGAGCAGAAUGUACUCGUCAUCGUCAUGACUACAAGGACGGACGAGGGCGGGCGGCAGAAGUGUGGGCAGUACUGGCCGCUGGAAGAGGGGGGCCAGGAGGUGUACGGCCACAUGGCGGUGGUCAACCAGAGGGUGGACCACCACCCCCACUACAACCACAUCUCCCUGGAGCUGCACAACACCGAGACGUGUGAACAGAGGCAGCUCAGUCACUUCCAGUACCUGAGCUGGCCAGACUACGGGGUGCCCACCUCGGCCGUGACUCUCAUCGACUUCCUGGGGGCCGUGAAGAGGCAGCAGAAGGCCGUGGUGAAGAGUUUGGGCCCCCAGUGGGCCGGACACCCACUGGGGCCCCCCGUGGUGGUCCACUGUAGCGCGGGGAUCGGGAGGACGGGUACGUUCUGUGCCCUGGACAUCUGCCUGUCCCAGCUGCAGGACAUCGGCACGCUCAACGUGCGGCAGACGGUGCGCCGCAUGAGGAGCCAGAGGGCCUUCAGCAUCCAGACCCCAGACCAGUACUUCUUCUGCCACAACGCCAUCCUGGAACACGCCCAGCGGCGAGGCCUGCUGCCGGCCAAUCAGUGAGCCUCUUCUGCCGACCCCCAACCAAUCCCGCGGUUUCCCAGCAUCCACCUGGACAAAUUGAUGCAGUCCGUGCUUCUUUUUUUUUCUUUUUUCUUUUUGGAAGAUAGUUCGACAGCCAGACGAAGAAGGAGGGGAGGGCCGGCGUGAGGGAAUCUAACAUUUAUUUUUGACAUUUACCGAUGUAGCAAGCAACAACUUAGCCGGUCAAUAACAAUAAUGUUCAUUCUUUAUUCCGUGUUUCCUGACAAACCAGUUAUUCGUGUGCUGUGGUAGACAAACCGAUCUCCUCUGUUGCAUUCAGGCUGCUCUGAGUGAAGAGUACAGUGCUCAUAGAUGUGUGCUACAGCUUAGUGUUUAGGAGCCUACAAUAACCACAUAGUAAGAGUACCAUACUGCCGCCGAGAGAGGAACAACUUUGCCUCUUUCUCUCUCUCUUCCCACUGCAGUUUUUCCAUAAGAGCUACACGGUUGAUGCUGAUGUUUUAAAGUAAGGAUGAAUGUAUAGUAGGCACCGCAAGCUAGCUUUGACUCACACCAAUAGUACUGCUGAAUCCAGUGCUGAAAAAAUGAAUCGGUCCAGCUCACAAUUCCUUACAUCCGAAUAAUCAGUUGAUCCAAGGGCUUAUUGGUCAUCAUUCCUGUUUUCCAUUAUUGCUGUAUACCAUUUUUUUCUAUCAUAAUCUUGUUUUAUUCACUGUCUCUGAUUGUCAGUACAGACAAAAAAAUGGUUGGUUGAAGAAGUAAGCAGGCGCAGCCCCUAGAAUGUGUGCUCCUAAAUGGCGUAACUAUAUCAACUUUUGAACUUAUUAUGCGAUUUU